AUGACACCAACGAGGUCCAUUCAGUCCCUCUCCACCCAGCUCGUUACCUUUCAUACUAGCCUUCGGCUUCCAGAGGCUGCCCAGCGUCUCGAGGCAAGGGUUGGGUUUCCGAACGAUAAAGAUUUGGGCGGCCUACGAACCGCCCGCAGCGCAGACGAUGUUCGUGAUCUCGUUAACAAGAUACUGGACGGGAAGGAGUUCUUCGUAUUCCAGAAACUUGACCAUACGAAGUGGGUCAAAUUGCUUCCAGGAACGGAGACUGCGCCUGGAGCUCUGCUCUACACCAUUGGAAACCCACUCGUGGCCCAAACGAUCUUCACGAAGGACAUAAUGGCAGCCAGCGUUGUACCCUUUCGUAUUCUUCUGGUCGAAAGGGCAGACCGUAAGACAGACAUUGUUUACUACCUCCCUGCCUCGCUUCUCCCUGAAGCUCCCGCAGCCGCUGCGGCGCGUGAGUUACUCUCUAACUUGAAUGCUGCUAUCGAAGGCUUGGUUUACAGCAUUGUCCACGACGUCGUCAUCACCGUCAAGCUGUAA